CCCUUUCUGUGUAUUUUCUACCACGAGGUUCACAGCCUUCACCUUCGAGUUAGAAACGGGUUGUUGAAGACUGUACCUCGAAUGCUUCGUUACUGUCGGCUGGAUGAGCAGCUCGCAGCUGGCGCACCCGCAGAGUGUUCACGCUCAGGGACUCAGUUGGCUGAGGACGCGCUCGUGUCACAUUGAAGAAGAGGAGUCGAUGAAGACCUGGAGGAGCAGCGGACGUGUUUGAGGUGAUCGGAGUUUCUCCUGCUUUCCACCGGAGCUGUCCAAGGUGCUGAACCAUGAACCAGAGCGCAGGAGCCGCGCAGCACAGCCGGAGAUACUCCGCCGACGACAAGGACUUGGGGCCGAUUGGACCGGACAGGAACUGGAAGGGCAUCGGCAUCUCUCUGCUGGUUAUUCUGCUGGUUCUCUCCCUCAUUGGACUGUCCAUUGUUCUGCUGUCGAGAAAUGAUGGUGUUAAACCCACUGGUUCCCAGUUGACAGUCGAUGACCUGUUUCACCGAAACUUCGAAAUACACGACCCUGAUGCAAAGUGGAUUGGUGGAAAGGAGAUCAUCUUUCAGAACUGGGAUGGAGAUGUUCUGAAAACGUCUUUGAAGAGCAAUGCAACACAACUCCUGCUGAAGAACACCACAUUUGCAACUUUUAAGGCCUCAAGGUUUUCAGUGUCUCCUGAUCUCAACUAUGUUCUUCUGGGAUACGAUGUCAAGCAGGUCUACCAGCACUCGUUCCUGGCAUCAUACCUCAUCUACAACCUGUACACACGAGAGGUGCGUGAGCUGAAUCCUCCAGAGGUCUCCGACUCAGUCCUCCAGUUUGCCUCAUGGGGAGCUCGGGGUCAACAGCUGAUCUAUAUAUUUGAAAACAACAUUUACUACCAGACGGACGUUCAGAGCAGCUCGUGGAGGCUCACGUCCUCUGGACAGGAGGGCAUCGUUUUCAAUGGGAUCGCAGACUGGUUGUACGAGGAGGAGGUGCUCCACACUCAGGUGACUCACUGGUGGUCCCCUGAUGGGACCAGACUGGCCUACCUCACCAUCAACGACUCCCUGGUUCCCAACAUGCUCCUGCCUCGCUUCACAGGAGCCCUCUACCCUCGAGGGAAGGAAUACCCCUACCCAAAGAUGGGUCAAAUCAAUCCGACUGUCAGACUGUACGUGGUCACUCUGGACGGCAGCUCCCUGACGGCUGAGCUGAGGCCUCCGGACAGUUUGGAAAAGAGUGAGUUCUACAUCAGCAUGGUGAGCUGGGUGACACGGGAGAGGCUGAGUGUGCGUUGGGUGAAUCGAGCUCAGAACAUGUCCGUUCUCUCCCUGUGUGAUGUCACCAGGGCCGAAUGCACCAAGAAACAUGUGAUGACAUCAGAGAAGUGGCUUGAUCGCCAGAAUGAGGAGCCGGUGUUUUCCAGAGACUGUUCAACGUUCUUCAUCACGAUGCCUUUAAAACAUGGCGACCGAGGGACGUUCCACCACAUCGCCAUGAUCUCCAACCAAUCUGAGGAUCAAGAGGUCAACCUCCAACACCUCACCUCAGGAAGCUGGGAGGUCUCUCACAUCCUGGCCUACGACGAGACCAGCAACUCAGUUUAUUUCCUAAGCACAGAGGAAGGAUCAGCACAGCGGCAAUUGUACAGGGUCUCCACUGUGGAGCCGCUCCGUAAAGAAUGCCUCAGCUGCUCCCUCUUCAGAUCAAAGUGCAGCUACUACGACGCCGCUCUCAGCCCUGACCACCGCCAUGUGCUCCUCAACUGCAGAGGUCCUGGAAUACCCCAAUCAUCUCUCCACAAACUCAAUGAUAUGACCAAAUACAAGAUCUUUGAAAAGAACACAGUAUUAGAACAGUCACUGGCAAACAGGACGUUACCCAAGUGGGAGAGAAGAACCGUACAAAUCAACAACUUUGAUCUUCGUCUGGAGUUGAUUGUGCCUGUAGAUCUGGAUCUAACGAAGGAGUACCCACUUGUACUGCUUCUGGACAGCGCCCCCGGUGGCCAGGCGGUGAGCGAGCGCUUCUCUCUCGGCUGGGAGUCGGUACUGGUCAGCUCAGACAAAGUGAUCGUGGCUCGUCUGGACGGCCGAGGCAGCGGCUCCCAGGGUCAGAGGGUUCUCCACCAGCUGCACAUGGGACUGGGAACUGUGGACGUCCAGGACCAGAUCACAGCUGUGGAGCACCUGAUCAGGCUGCCUUAUAUCGAUGGAAACAGGGUUGGAGUUUAUGGAAAGGCGUACGGGGGCUUCUUGUCCUCACUCCUGCUGCUCUCCCACAGCUCCAGGUUCAAGUGCGGCAUCGCUGUGGCUCCGAUAACCAACUGGAGACUCUAUGGAUCGGCCUUCACAGAGAAAUACUUUGGCUCUCCGCUGCCAGAGGAUCACGAGCACCAGAUUUCCUCUGUGCUCAACAACGUCACAGUCCUGAGUCCACUGAACUUCCUCAUCAUCCACGGCACAGCAGAUGCCACUGUUCAUUUCCAACAUUCUGCUGAGCUGGUCAAGCUACUGGCUGCAUCCAAUGUGAACUACACCCUCCAGAUCUUCCCGGAUGAAGGACACGACCUUGCGUCGGUCGGGAGCCGUCACUACCUGCUGAGCUCCGUGCUCAGCUUCUUCAGGCGCUGCCUCCAGGAGGAGGACGAGGUCUCUGUCCCGGGGACAUCCAAAGAGGACGACUAGCCCCCGGGACCUCCUGCUGUGAUGAGGCUGAAGGGCUGCUCCCUGUCAAAGUGCUCCCGGGACUAGGUAGCAUUAUAUUCACUUGCAUGGUGACUCCAGGGUUGUGAUGGUCAUUUGAAGGGAUUGUAGUAUUGCUGUAAUCUAAUGCUUCAGGUUAUAAUGAUUAUAUGUAACAUGUACUGAGUACAGAUGUCAGGGUAUCAAAGAAACGUGUAUUUUUACAUUUAAGAGUAUAAUUUUCAGUGACUACUUUAAUCUACUGUGACUAUUUCUAUGUGAGGGAAGCGAGUUCACUUAAUACCAACAUUUUGAGAUCAUAUCAACGAGUGUUUUUUAGCAGGUGCCUUUACCUCAUCACAGUCGUCAUGUUCACAGUGUUCACUCACGUCAUGUCUUUAAUAUCACCAGCUCUGAGGGUCACCAGAGCAAACACAUCUUCAGCUUCACUCUCCUGCUUAGAUAAGAAUUAAAAACUAGUUAUAUAUGGUUUUAAUCACAUUCAGGUUUAAAGAACUCUUCUGUGAAACUUUAGGAUUAUAGGAUUUGUAUCUCAAGGAAGGACGGGGGGUUCACAUCACCUGUCUGGAGCAUGUUGUUGUGUGUGUGUGUUUUCUUUAACCGCACUGCAGUAUUAAUGACCACAAUUGCCUAUUUCUACCAGUGAAUUUGAUGUAACUAUCGCGGAUUAGUCUCUUCAAGAGUUGUGUUGUCCUUGUGUUGUCAGCUCAGUGUAACCUAACUUAUGUCUAGCAUGUUUUUUUCAGUCUGAAAGUUACAUAUCCAGAAGUCCUGUCUAAGAACUAAUAUCAUAUAAAAACAGAUUGUUCUAAGUUCAUAUAAAUCUAAUACAGGUCCUGCUUUUCUCUUUAUGGACUUUAUGAAGUCACACUUUAACAAACUGGCACAAUUAAAGAAUGUUUGAAUAAACCAUUAGUAUUUCAUGUUUCACCCAUCGAUGUAGAAAGAACUAUGAGUGGAGUAUUUGAUACUGAAGAAAACCUUUUUUGGAACUUCUCGGUCUUUAUCCUGAACAUGAACAUCAGAGACAGUGAGAUCCUCCGGGAGUUUCACCCUCUAUGACUGAUUUCACUUUUUGUUUCAUGUCUCUGUGUUUAAAGGUUUAACUGAGUUACAAUCUCAAGAGAGAAUGAAGGAAUCCAUGUUUUGUCACACACACAGUAUUUAACCUCACAUCUAUUUAACCCUUUUCUUUGACCUUGUGGUUUAAACUGGUAUCUAUAGAACUGUUAGAUGACUUCUGCUCUUUUCUAUACUUUAUGUUCACUCAAGAUGGAGUUUUUGCAAUAAUAUUUAUUCUUUUGAGUGUUUUUGAGCGGCUGAAUUCCACAAUAUGUUGAUAUGUAGUGUUUAAAAAUGGAAUUAUGAAAUGGAGAAAUGUGUUCUCUGCUGUACAGUGGUUCAUAACCAGUCUCCUGUUAUAAUGAUUAUCAUCAUAUCCUCCAUAUGAUCACAGCUCUUUCUCUGACCUCGAUCCUCUGCUGCUCACACUUCUGCAUGACAUCUACAUACCUGGUAAAAGAUGAAAUAAAGGGUUUUAAUAAAG